AUGUCCGUGCUUGCCCCCACUCGCAAGGUUGCCAAGGCUCCCGGCUCGUCCAAGGCCUCGAAGAAGACCACCAACCCUCUCUUCGAGUCGCGCCCCAAGUCGUUCGGCAUCGGCCAGUCGGUCCGCCCGACCUCGGACUUGACCCGCUUCGUCAAGUGGCCCGAGUACGUUCGUCUCCAGCGCCAGAAGGUCAUCCUCAACCAGCGCCUCAAGACGCCCCCCGCGAUCGCCCAGUUCGCCAACGUCCUCGACAAGAACACUGCUACGCAGUUGUUCCGCUUGCUCAACAAGUACAAGGGUGAGAGCAAGCAGGAGAAGAAGGCGCGCCUCGAGGCCAAGGCUGCCGACCUCGCUGCCGGCAAGAAGGACCUCGACGAGUCGAAGAAGCCCUACUUCGUCAAGUCGGGAUUGAACCACGUCGUCUCGCUCGUCGAGAACAAGAAGGCGUCGCUCGUCAUCAUCGCCGACGACGUCGACCCCAUCGAGCUCGUCGUCUUCCUCCCCGCUCUCUGCAAGAAGAUGGGCAUUCCCUACGUCAUCGUCAAGUCGAAGGCCCGCCUCGGCGCCGUCGUUGGCCGCAAGACCUCGUCGUGCCUCGCGUUCGGUGAGGUCCGCAAGGAGGACGAGGCCGAGCUCGCCAAGCUCGUCUCGGCCAUCAAGGCCAACUACACCGAGAAGUACGAGUCGGCUAACCGUCACUGGGGUGGUGGAAUCCGCGGCCGCAAGUCGAUCGCUAAGCUCCAGAAGCGUGCCAAGGCGCUUGGAAAGGACAUUGCUUCGGUCGACAAGUCGCUCUAG